AAUCUGGUGUUCAUGCCCUUAGUACGCGUCUCGUACCUUGACUCCGGUUGUCCUCGCGAGCCCGGUUUGUGCUCAGUAUCCUGUGCACACGCCUUGCAAGUAACCACGCCAUGAGUUUGACUUCCAAUUCCAGCAUACGAGCCCACUCCAUGCUGGGAAUAGACAACUCUUCUCAGAGGCUGAGGCUAACCAGACUAUGCUGAACUUGCUUCUCUCCACCAUUCCCUGGAGCUGGGUUGAAUGGAUUGCAGCAGUUACCAUUGCUGCUGGAACAGCUGCAGUUGGUUAUCUAGCAUACAAAAGAUUUUAUAUUAAAGAUCAUCGCAACAAAGCUAUGGUAAACCUUCACAUCCAGAAAGACAACCCCAAGGUAGUGCAUGCUUUUGACAUGGAGGAUUUGGGAGAUAAAGCUGUGUACUGCCGUUGUUGGAGGUCCAAAAAGUUUCCACUCUGUGAUGGGUCUCACACAAAACACAAUGAGGAAACUGGAGACAACGUGGGACCUCUGAUCAUUAAGAAAAAAGAAACUUAAAUGGACAAUUUUGAUGCUGCAAACUACAUUGUCAUAAUGUUACCUGAUUGUUUAAUUAGAAUGAAUAGCACUUCUGUGUGAUUCACAUCCCCUAGAUACUAGAUGUGAUAUAUUGCAAACUGCAGCUUUCAUAUUCAUGGCAUUUGCCUUACUUGUUGAAACAUCGUGGUGCACAUUUGUUUAAACAAAGAAAAAACAAAAAAAAAAAAAAAGGAAAAAGGAAAAACCAACCUCAUGGCCUGUGGGUUAUUUUGGUCUUGUAAGGAACCAUUUCUUUAAAUUUAAAAUGAUGACAUUAGAAUAUAGUUGAAUGUUGAAGUUAACAUAUGAAAUUAUUCUCAAAAUCAUGUAUGUAGAGAUUGUUUCAAAGAAAAAGUAUCACCUCUUCAUAUUCUUCGUUAACCUGGAAAGUAAAUUAGUAAAUUAGUUGUGAUUAAACUACACUAAUUUCUUAAUACAAUCUAGGAAAAAUCUUAUGACCUUAAUUUUCUUCUUGACAACGGUAACGUCACUGAGAAAAUGUGGCUUCUGUUUUCACAGUUUUCAAUCAAAACAAACUAUGAAUGUCAUUCUGUUUAAUUAUGAGUGAGCCAGGUCAAUAAUGAAGAGGUGGUAACUUCUUUGUAUUCAUCUUCAUGAAUAUUUAAUUGAUCCAUUAAAGGAACAAAUAGUGUAAAUUUAGAUCAAAGUGAUAUUAGAUUUAAAGUCAUUGUGAAGGCUCUCUUAAUAAUGUAGUGUUCUUCUGGAAUUGUAGCCCAAGGAGCAGCAAGCACUUGAACUGGGGAAACUGAAGAAAUUGGAGGACAAACUCUCAAGUCUCUUGAAAAGCCAUACAUCCAUAACAUAAAUGGUAGUCACGAGUCUAGAUCAGAGGUGUGCAGAGAUUUUUCUCCUCAUUUUGGCUAAUCCAGCACAUGGCUAAUACUAGUGAAACUAUUUUAAAGAGAAAAUUAAGAAUUACAACUCUUCUAAAUUGUAUGAUCUUUUUCUUAAAUGCAAGAAUUUGAAGAUAAGUGUUUGCGUAAUAUUCUUCAAAAAAACCUUGCAUUCGUUGCUGGUUCAGAAAACACCAAUGAAAACAAUUUCAAAUAAUAAAUGAAUUAAGACAGGAGUUAAAUAUAUUUCUAAAGAGAGAUUGUUUUGGGUUUUAUACAUUUAGAAGAAAAAAAUAACAAUUCAUCCAUGAUAUAUAUUUAAGUAAAAUAGAUUAUUUGAAGUUGGUAAAAGUACUCAAACAGGUAAAUGUAUACCCAUUAUUUCUUUUAAAAUAAUUGAGUUCUCAGUUGUAGUCAAUGACAAGUUUCCUGUUACUAAAGUCCAAUUACCUUGGAACUCAAAAAUCCAUGAAACUAGAUAUUAAUGUUCCUGUGUUAUAUAUAAUCACUGAUAUUUUUAAAAUGCAUAGUUGUGUAUUACAGUAUUUGUGUAGAUAAAAUUGAUAGCAAAAUUGUGUGCACUGGUUUCAAGUAGCCUUUGUGACUUUUAUUUGGACAGAUUUUAAGGCACAUCAUCAGCUCCACAUCUAAAGUUCUAAAAAUCCUGAUUCUUCCUAUCAUAUUUUUAGGGUGAAUUUUCUCCAUGUCCCCCACCACCACCCCCCUUUUUUUAAAGUAUGAAUAGAUCAACAAAAGAGGAUCAUGCUUUUAAGGAUAGUUUUAAAAAGAAAACUUCCAUAAACUGCUUUCCAAAGUUUCUGGAAAAGGAACAUUCUUUAACUUGACAAACUAAACUAUUCUUAAUUCUGAAUUUGAAAUUAUGUUGUUAGUUAUGUAUUUUUGUAGUUUCUCAAAGAAAAAACCAGUACCAAUUCUCAAAACCAUAUUUUUCAAAGAUAAAGUAUUGUGUGUAUAUGUAUGUGUAUGGUGAAAUUAAAAAAAUGAUCACCUUACUGUAAAAUGCAGAUCUACUUUAACAUUUUUUAUUAGAGAAGUUUUAGGUUUACAGAAAAAUCAUGUAUAAAAUAGAGUUUCCAUAUACCAAUGUAUUAUUAACAUCUUUCAUUAGUGUGUAACAUUUGUUAUAAUUCAUGAAAGAACAUUUUUAUAAUUGAACUAUUAACUAUAGUUCAUCAUUUAUAAUAGGGUUCUACUUUAGCAUUUGAUAGCCCCAAAUAGUUAGGUAUAUGUAUUUUCAGGGUCAUGUUAAAACUCUAUUAUAGGCUUUUGAUCUAGAAUUCCUUCAGGAUAUUAAAACCUUUUCAUGUUACCUAGUUAACCUAAAAAGUAAAGUGAAUGUGAUUAGGUUAAUGUGAAUUUUUCACGCAAAAAUCAUUGCGUCUGAUUUCUGUUGUAAUUACCCUAAAGGUUCUAAUUGCUUUUAUCAUUUGAAGUAUUGUUUGGGAUAUCGACAAGCUAGUUUGCCAAAUCAGUUAUUCUUAUCAGGUAAGUGGGUCCCCUCACCUUGCCACUGCCCCCCAUCACUGCCAUCAUCUUUUUUCUCUAUCUCUGUGUCCCAGUGAUUUCUUAAGAUUUUGUGCUGGGUUGCAAAGUUAUUAGUGUUGUGAAGAAACUUGUUUUGCAUUGAUUAAAGUGACAUUCAUUUGUUCACACAACAGACAUUUAUUAAUCAUCUUCUAUGGGCCGUUGAGAAUGAAACCUUUUGGAGAAUUAGACACUCACAAUUUAGAUGAUAUAAUGUAUAGGUUAUAUAAUUAUAGUUAAUUUAUUAUUUGGGGUUAAUUUCCUUGACAUAUUGUAACAACUACAGUCAUAUAUACCAAAUAUUUCUCUUACAGAGUAGGGGGGAUUAUUUGGUUUUAUAUAGGUUUUAGAGGUGUUUGUUUUAAGAUAAAACAUUGACUAAGAUUCCUGAUUAGCAAUAUGUUCAGUGCUUGGAUGUCUCUAGGGGUGUAUUCCUGUACUAGCCCAUGCUUUCUUUCCCCAGUUCUAACACUAACUGACCUCAGGCAAAGCCAUUCACCUCUCAGCCUUUUAAAUUGAAGUGAUUGUGCUAAAUGGCAUUUUGGGCAAUUGUUCUAAAAUUCUAGGCUCAGCCUAAAUAUCCAGCAGCCCACAAAGAAAAAGAAGGCUAAUGAGUUAUCAACUCUAAUUUUUAUUAUAAGGGUAUUCCAACUUUUGUGGUAUUAAAGUAUCCUUUCUUUUAUUGUGAGCUGGUGAUAGUAGAUAUUAGUUGCUUUAAAUAUUCUUACUUGCCAAAAUAAAAGUUGCCAGCCCUAUGCUGAUCCCACUUUUUUUUUUUUUUCCCCACUGUUCCACUGGGAGCCCCUAAACCAAGGUCCUUUCUAAAGUUCUGGGACUUAUUAAUUAUUUUAUUAGGGUUUUAAAAUACUGUUUUUGUUGAUUUUUUAAAUUUAAUGUGUAUAUUUGAAAUUAUGUGAUUAGUAGCUCAAUGCUCAGUCUUCAUGGAAAGUCACUACUGUUAAAAAAAAAAAAAAAAGUGGUUUGUACUUCCAUUCAG